AAUCUGCUUGACCAAUCAGCGAAGCCUAAUAGUGUUAGUACCAGCCAAUCGGGUCUUCUUAGUGUCUUCUUGAAAACAUGUCGCCUAUGAAGCUGUGUGUUCCAGGCGAAAGGCUUUGCAGUACGGAGGACUGCAUCCCCGGCGCGGGCACCUAUCUGCGGCACGGCUACGUUUUCGCCUCGCUCGCGGGCUACGUGCUGAGGAGGAACGAAGGCGAGGAGCUUCCAGUAAUUUCGGUCGUCAAGGAGACAGAGGCGCAACUUUUGCCUGAUGUUGGCGCCAUUGUCACGUGCAAGGUGACGAGUAUUAACCCUCGCUAUGCCAAGGUGCACAUAAUCUAUGUGGGCUCCACGCCUCUCAAAGACCAUUUCAGAGGCACAAUCAGGAAAGAAGAUGUGAGAGCGACAGAGAAAGACAAGGUGGAAACGUAUAAAAGUUUUAGACCUGGUGACAUUGUUCUUGCCAAGGUGAUCUCGUUGGGUGAUGUGCAGUCGAACUACCUGCUGACCACCGCAGAGAAUGAACUGGGCGUGGUCGUGGCUCACAGUGAAGCAGGGGUACAGAUGGUGCCCAUCAGCUGGUGUGAGAUGCAGUGCCCCAGCACACACAGCAAAGAGUUCCGCAAGGUGGCACGGGUACAGCCGCAGUACCUGCAGGCCUGAACCGGACGCAGCUUACCCUUCCAUACCUUACUCCCGGAACACACAGCUUCUCGCUCUCUCUCUCACACACACACAGGCCAUGGGGCCCAAAAUGAGACUAGGCAUGAUGUAGACUCUCCUGUCCUAUUCCUGGAUUUGGGGACAGAUAUUUCCCUGCUCUCCAUGUCUAAUUUGCCUAGAAUUUUAAAUGUAGACAGUGACAUUUAGCCAAGGCUAGCAUCACACGAGUCUGAAGGUGUGGGCUAGACCUUGUAUGCUCUCAGAGGUAAACUGGCAGAUAUGAGCCAACAGUUCCAGACCUCCAGGCACUCUAGAACUACUCUCCAGAAUGGGUGGGCUUUACCAGGUCCCUGAUGACAUCUGCAUGAGGAAGCUGGGUUUCGUCACAGGACUUUGAAGUAACUCAUUUCCAGCUGUGUUUUCAGGGCUGUAAAACGCAUGAACCACUUGGAAAAGGAUCAGAUACUUUUUUUUUUUCUGUUUUAUUCUGAAUUUCUGAUUUUUAUACUUCUCUUUUCUGUACAGAGGUCAUGUAUUUACAAGAGACAAAAUAAAAUGCUUCUUCUGGA